AUGGACACAGGCGAAGAAAGCCGCUCGUUAGGCUUGUCCGACAUGUGUAUACAUCCUCGAUGUUCCCCUGGGAAGUUUUCGUCCAGGUCUUUACAAGGUCGUGGAUUGGGAGCGGGAGUAUUAGGUGUUGGCCUGGUUCUUGCAGAAGGCAUUAGUCAAUUCGAGCAUUCCUUGUCUACAUUUUUCUCGCAGCAGUUUCUCCAGUUUGAGAGUCGUCUACAACGAGACGACGCGGCAGUUGUUACCUUAGCAAGGACUAACAACUUCACGGCUUCGGGCACUCCUCUGGGCCCUGCUGUCUAUGAAAAAUAUGGACCUAUGGAUGUUGCCAUAAGUUUCGGCCUGAUACAACGUAUCGAGGACCUGUCUAGUGUCUUCGCUGCCGGGUGUACUAGCGGCAACUGCACCUCUCCAUCCAGCGACGGUUCUUCGUUCUUGUCGUUGGGAAUCAGGCAUCUUUGCGAGGAUACAACCAGCUAUGUUCGUCGGCAAAACAUCGCUUAUAAUAGGAACGUGACAAGGACCUGGAUCACAGUUAGUGGCAACAGAACUGACUACAGAAACAUUUCGAUCGAGGAUGCUUUAGCUCCAAUCCAAGUGUCGGCUACACAAGUCAACAUCACCGACGACUCUGUGAAGGAGACUUUGGUCAGCAAAAACGCCAUCUUGAGAACCAGCCUUGACGCUAUCGAGCAUUCUACUGACUUCGAGGACUUCCAGCAGAUGAUGUAUGCUUUCAGGCUGGCACCAGAUUGUUUGCUACGGAAUGGAUCUUUACAAGCCUGGACUGGAUCGAAAAAUCCGCAGAGAGGAACUAUUAGAUUCUACAGACCGGAAGGAGCCAUCACCUCUCAACGUCCUACUCGGCCAGAAAGACUAUCGUUAGGACGCACAGCAUCGAAGGGUCAUGCUGGUACGCAAGAGGAGACAUGUGGCAUACCGCAACCUGUGUGCGGGUUCAAUGGGAAUGGAUCACACUUCCUGUUAUGAUGCUAGUCGUACACGAGACUCGCGACGUCGCGAGUGACAGACUUUAGGAGAACCCAACAUUAGCAGCAGGUUGAUGUACAGCUAGACAGGUCGGCUGGGAAAGAGGUAAUGAAUGCAGUUGCCAAGUCUACUAUUGUAAGCCCUGAGGGUAAAAACGGCGGGGCACUGC